CUAUCUAUUUGUCACGGAUGGUAUCGUCUCUGCCGCUGAGGGGCCUCAAUUUAGCGGAGGACUCCGACUCUGAGCGGCGGGAAGGUGGAUCUUCCGGCCGGCCGUACCACUUAGACGUGGAAGUAUGCGAGGGGCAGACAUUACAGGCCUAAAAGAAAGAAAAUGGUUUAGAGUCUCGUUCCAGGAGGAUUCACAACAGGUUGAUAAAUUAGAUGCCUUCAGGGAGAGCUGUAUUUAGAAAAGAAAAAUUUAUCUCCUGCGUUAUCACCCCCAAAUUGUGUGGGGGCGAAUUGGGUCCGUGGCUGCUACUGAUUGGCCGAGAUAGAGUUACGCGGACCACUGAGAAAAAGAAAGGAAAUUUGCUGGCCUAUAAGAAGAGACAAGCAGGUGUGUCUUCAGGGUAAAUUCCUAGAAGUGGCAUCUUUGGGCCAGAAGCAGUGAGUGAGAAUUCCUAUUGCCCUGCAGCUUCACCAGCAUGUGGUAUUGUCAGUGUUCUGAAUUUUGGCCAUUUGAAUAGGAGCCUGUACUGGAAACAAGACAUCCCAUGCUGCGGAGCGCUCCUUGGUAAUAAAAACACUUGGUAAUGAAGAGGAAUGAACUAUUGGUCACCCUGCCCCACCCCACCCCCUAUGAGAUGAGUGAUGCCCCACACCCUGCCAUGGUCCCUAUGGCUGCCGCCCAGGUGAAGCUGGGAGGCUGGAGCCGUCAAGGUGGGGGCGGUGGGUCUCUGCAUUCCUGCCAGUACCAGGAGCUCCAGGUCUUCCUCAGCCUGCUGGAGCACAGUUUCCUCCAGGAAUUCCUCUCCAAAGAUUCCUGUUUUCAGAUUUCAGAUAAGUAUCUCCUGGCCAUGGUGCUGGUCUACUUCCGGCGCGCCAACCUGAAGCUCAGCGAGUACACCCACAGCAAUUUGUUCUUGGCACUGUACCUUGCAAAUGAUAUGGAGGAGGACCUGGAGGACCCCAAAUGUGUGAUUUUCCCAUGGGCCCUGGGCAAAGAUUGGCGUCAUCAGGUGGUGGACUUCCUGCAUCAGAGGGACAAACUGUGGGCACGGAUGGGCUUCCGGGCUGUGGUGAGCCGCCAGUGCUGUGAGGAGGUCAUGGCCAAGGAGCCAUCCCACUGGGCCUGGACUCGGGAGCGGCGCCCCCACCACGGAGGGGCUCAGAGGAGCUGCCCAAAGGCCCUGGUCCCCCUCCCCUGGGGCCCCGGCCUCUGUUCCCUCUGUGCCUUGCCCUCUCCCCAUAGCCACUGCUGCCACCAUCCCCGCCCCCUGACUGUCCUAUCUAAGUGCCCUCCCCCAAACACUGAGGGGCAGCACCUUCCCUCCCAAGCUUGUCUCUCAGUGGCUGAGGACCCCUGGGGUGCGGGCUUCCUCAUCAUCCUGUCCCCGGAGCUGCAGCUGGAGCCGGGCACCUAAACCUUACACAGUGAGCUGGGGACAGGAGCCUGGGAGGCAGGUGUGGGGUCCAACAGAAUGGGAAGGAGGGGCCCGGGGUCUGGGGUCCAGCAGGCUUGGGCACAGGUCCCAGCUCUGCCACCUCCUAGCUGUGUGUGCUUGGCAGGUCUCUGGGUCUCUCUGACCUUCCUCCCCUAGUUUUCCCAAAGCCUCGGCCACACCCGAGGCUCUGACACCUUAGGGUAAAGAGUACCUGCCCGCUUGCCUGCUGACCCAAAGCUCUCCCUGCUGCAGCUCCCCCCAGCCAUCCCCCGCUGGCCUCCACGUCUCACUGGCUUCAGGCUGGCAUGGCUGCCCAUGGCCCCUGCACCCUCCUCCCAACCUGUGCCUUGUACCCACUCUGACCCCGACCCUCUCUAAUAAACCGUGUCUACAGGACAGCAACUGUGCUUAGGCCCUGACCUGGCUCCUUGACCCAGGGUGAGGGUAGGGAGGGAGUUGUGGAGAGGAGGUCUGCCAGGUGUAGGUACCAGUGGAGACCCUGUGCACAGGCUCUGUAAUAGCUCUUCCCUUUCCCAUCAGUGGCCAGUUGUCCUAAGCCUCAGUUUCCCCUCUAUAACAUCACCUAUGGCUGAUGAGGUCUACACAGCACAGUUGGGAUGGAAUGAGAUGAGGUAUAUGCAGCCCUUAGAAGAGGACCUGGAACCUAUUGGACAAAAAAGCUCAAUGGAAAACAGCCUUAUAAUCAGUCUAGACGUGCCUGCAGGACCAGGUCUCUUUAGGGAUAAGAUUUUCUCCUUGCCUUGGGCUGCAAUUGAUGUAAUAUAAUUUUUAGAAUUCAAUACCUCCCCACCCCAAAGAAAAAGUAAGUUUAUAAAUGAGGGAGCAGGGAAGGCUUUCCAGAGGAGGUGACAUUUAAUCUGGGCCUUGAACUAUGUCAAGUUUGCCCAUGGUGGAGUGGGGCUGGGGUUGUGAGUAAGGAUGUUCUGGGAAAGACAAUCUGGAGUAAUGGGUAAGGCUCAGUCUGGAGAGCCAGACAGCUUAAGUUCAAAUCCCAGGUUCCUGUGUGACCUUAGCAUGUUGUUUAAUCUCCACUGUCUCAUCUGUACAGUGGGUAUCAUAGUAAAAUAGCUGUUGUGGGAUUUGAAAGAGUUAAUCCUAGAAGGGUUUAGAACUGAGUCUCAAGAAUUGAGCUCCAAUGUGAACUGCUAGUAGAAGGAACUGCUGCUUGUACAAAGGCCAGAAGGCAGGGUGAGUUGGGGAGAAGAUGGAGAAGUCCACAAAGGUCAGGUCGCAGGGAGCUGUGAGUGGCUCCCAAGAAACAUGGUGGGAAAAUGAAAGCCUGGAGACUGGGGACAUUAAAAACCAUGCCAAAGACUGCAAGUAGGUAAUAUAUUUAUAGGGACUUAAAAAAAAAAUCAAAUGUACAUUACAGUGGUUCAUCAGUCCCCUUCCCCUGCUACCCCUCACUUCCCUCCCCCUUGGUAACCACUAGUCACUUCUCAAGUGUCUGUGAGUCAAAUGCUGUUUUUACAGGGACAUUCUGAAUUUUGAACGAAGAGU